CACAUUUUUGAAUUGGGUUGGGCAUGAGACAACGAUGCGGCCCAGGCGGCCCACCUCCCCUCUCCUAUAUACACACUCGAUACCUAGGGUUUCCUUCUCUCACUUCUGUACCCAAUCAGAAGAGCGGCGGCGCGGGCGGACAAGGAGCAGGCGGAGGAGGAGUUGUGCCAAGCCACAAUGGGUAUCUCGCGUGACUCGAUGCACAAGCGCCGAGCCACCGGUGGAAAGCAGAAGGCCUGGAGGAAGAAGCGAAAGUAUGAGCUUGGUCGCCAGCCAGCCAACACCAAGUUGUCAAGCAAUAAGACGGUGAGGAGGGUCCGUGUUCGGGGAGGUAAUGUGAAAUGGAGGGCUCUUCGCCUUGAUACUGGUAACUACUCAUGGGGAAGUGAAGCUGUUACCCGCAAGACCCGUAUCCUCGACGUGGUCUACAAUGCAUCAAACAAUGAGCUUGUGAGGACACAAACCCUUGUGAAGAGUGCCAUUGUGCAAGUUGAUGCUGCCCCAUUCAAGCAGUGGUACCUCACUCACUAUGGAGUUGACAUUGGUAGGAAGAAGAAAACCCCUGCUGCAAAGAAGGAUAAUGCUGAGGGACAAGAGGUUGAGGCAGCAGCUGAGGAAACGAAAAAGAGCAACCAUGUCACGAGGAAGCUUGAGAAGCGCAAGGAGGGACGUACCCUUGACCCACACAUUGAGGAGCAAUUUGGCAGUGGACGGUUGCUGGCAUGCAUUUCUUCCCGUCCUGGACAGUGUGGCCGAGCUGAUGGGUACAUCCUUGAGGGUAAAGAGCUUGAAUUCUACAUGAAGAAGCUACAGAGGAAGAAGGGCAAGAGCGCUGUAGCUUAGAGCAUUCUCAUGGAUUGUCUUGCACCGAAAUGUGUGUCCUGAUGAGUACACUUUUUUGGUUAGUCGUCUCAAGUUCAGAGCGUUAUGCCAUAUUUUCAGACCUGAUUUGUACACUGUUUUCUAAAAGCGAUUGAGCUCUAGUCCAAUUUGAGCAGGGUAUGAUUAUUUGUUGAUGAA